UAUUCGUGAUCCGGUGCUUCUGUGAUUCCAGUUGUUUUCACAUCGCCUCAACCAACAAAGAGACCCGGAGCUGCUGUCUCUUACAUCUCCAAUGUGGUGAUUGAUGCGCAACUAACGACCGACGCUCCUUCACGUCGAGGCGAGAACUAAAGAGCAGAAAUAUACCUUUGCACUCCAGAAGAUACAUUUGGGAGAGAGUUUUAAAAGUUCCACACGGACUUGACUGAACGCAAAGAGCGAAAAUGGUGUCGGCCGGACUGGAGAUCCUGGGACUAUCGCUGUGCGUAUUCGGCUCGCUCCUGGUGAUGGUGUCGUGCGGGCUGCCCAUGUGGAGGGUGACGGCGUUCAUCGAGGCCAACAUCGUGGUGGCUCAGACGAUCUGGGACGGCUUGUGGAUGUCGUGCGUUGUGCAGAGCACGGGCCAGAUGCAGUGCAAGGUGCACGACUCCGUCCUCGCGCUCAGCCACGACCUACAGGCGGCCAGAGCGCUCACCAUCAUCUCCUCGGUGAUGGGCGUGCUGGGGCUCAUGGUGGUGAUCGCGGGAGCGCAGUGCACCAACUGCAUCCAAGCCGAGUACGUCAAAGCCCGGGUAGUGAACGCUGGAGGGGUCAUCUACAUCGUCAGCGCUCUGUUUGUGCUGGUGCCCCUCUGCUGGAUGGCCAACAACAUCAUAUCUGACUUCUACAACCCGCAGGUGCCCGGGUCCAAGAAGAGGGAGAUCGGCGCCGCGCUCUACAUCGGCUGGGCGGCCACGGCGCUGCUGCUGAUCGGGGGAUCGAUGCUGUGCUGCUCCUGUCCAUCCAGCGGGAACUCUGGAUACUCGGUAAAAUACGCACCGACCAAGAGAGCCACGCCGAACGGGGACUAUGACAAGAGGAAUUAUGUGUAGUUUAUGUGUGGCUCGCGGACGGCGGUGCGCAAAAGUGACCUGCAGCUAUUGGAAAAACUUAAUAGUUGCACCUGCAGUUGUUGUUUUUGUUUUAGAAAUCUGAACUUUGAAAAUCAAUGGAUGCACAUAUGCUGUUUUUUAUACACUGGCCAUUCAAAACGCUCGGACCACACAUUCACAAAUCCUUUUUGUAUCUACAAGAGAUUUUUUUAAUAGUCUAUCGACUACAAGACGUAUGCUCUCAACAAAAAGGAGGAUCUUUGUUAGGUACCUGCUUUCGUAUCUUAGACAUUAUUAGUGUUUUGACUUGUUUACCGCUGUAACUGCAAAGUUUUUCUUAUCUAGAGGAGCUCUUGCCAUCGAAUAUAUACAUUCUUCUUCUUUUUUUGCCUUGAUGUGCAUUGUCAGCACAAACUUGUACA